AUGUCAAAUGCAACCAACAAGUUUGCGUUUUCUUUUGCUCACACCGAUACCACCUCAACUAGUACCAAGUCUGCCAUUUUCACCACAGCUGGUGUGGCGUCCAGUACCAAUCUGCUUGGAUUGAGUGAUACUGGCUCAAUGGCCUGUCCGGUCAUAUUUACCACUCCAAGUGGCCAGACAAGUAACGACACAGUUGCUACAAACACGACUAGCGCAUCGACACCACAAACCAAUGUGUGGACUUUAUAUGGAAAAUAUGUUAUGUGCAGCCAGGACAACAUCAACUUCUACGCCCAACCGACAGGACAAGGUGGAUGGUAUAUCCUGCUAUGGAGUGCAACGCCAGAUGCCGCUCUUCGGAAUAUUCCAGUGACGCUGAGAACCAUUGGCCCUGCGUCUGGCUAG